AUGAACGUUCUGUUUGUCUUGUCUGCUCUCUUCGCUGCCUCCACGACCGUCGUCGCCCAAGAAGAAAUUGUCGGCGGCGUCGAAGCUGCAGUUGGCCAGCACUUGUACGUGUCCGGAUUUCGCAGCACCGAGACGGGGGCUUCAACGUGCGGAUCCAGUUUGAUUGCCCCCAACGUCGUCUUGACCGCCGCCCACUGCAUCGGAAGAGGCCGCAAGUUUGUGUCGAUCGGGUCGCAUUACAAGUCCGGCACCAACGACGGCGAACGCAUCAAAGUCAAGCGAUUCAUCAAACAUCCCAAGUACAACGCCGGGACUACGAGCUACGACUUUGCCAUCUUGAUCUUGGAACAACCGUCCAAGUUCCCUCCGGUACAGGUCUCGUUCGACACUGUUGCGCCUGGCACCCCUACGAUUUUGCGCGGGUGGGGCCGUACGUCUUCGGGCGGAGCUUCUUCCCAAUUGCUAUUGGAAGUCGGUGUUGAUUCCAUCAGCAACGAAAAAUGCGCUAAGCUCUUGACCGGAUUUACCGUGAACGAAGCCAUGCUGUGUGCGGGCGGUAAAUUGGGCGAAGAUUCGUGCCAAGGCGACUCUGGCGGACCGUUGACGGUGGAAUCAAAUGGCUCUGUCAAGUUGGUGGGAGUGGUCAGCUGGGGCAUCGGAUGUGCCCAGCAGGACAAGCCUGGCGUGUACAGCCGAAUCUCGAUCGCCCGCGACUUCAUUGAACCCUUCAUCACCACCCCUCCCGCCGCAGUCCCCAUCACCACCAAGCCUUCUGCUGCCCCCACGGUCUCCCCUAUUACCAGCAAGACCCCUACUGUGACCCCGAGUACCACGAACCCUACCGUGGCUCCUAUCACCACUGCCAAAGUUCCUUCGGUGGCCCCCACUGUCGCCCCUACGACUGCCUCGCCGUCCAAGUGCAAUGGCUGCUCUACGUGCUUCUACCCUAUCCUAAACCACUGCUUCCCCCCUGCGUACUCCAAGUCGACGUGUGCCACGUUCGCGAGCUUGGGGGCGUUCUGGUGUGGCAACUAG